UCUGCGCUCACUCGCGCGGAGGUUUCCCCGCCGGCCGCGUCCCGUCCGCUCCCUGCGAACCAGGAGUGCCCCCUGCGCGCCCCCGGGCUCCGCUCCGGCCCGGCUGCGCCAGACGCAGCUCUGCCCGACGGCGGCGACAUGGGCGUCCCCCCAGUCCCGGAGGCUGGCAGCUGGCGCUGGGGGCCUGUGCUCCUCGCCUUCUUCCUGGCUGCCUCCCGAGGUCUGGUGGCAGCAUUCAAGGUCGCCACGCCGUAUUCCCUGUAUGUGUGUCCCGAGGGACAGAACGUCACUCUCACCUGCAGACUCUUGGGCCCCCUGGCCAAAGGGCACGACGUGACCUUCUACAAGACCUGGUACCGCAGCUCGCGGGGUGAGGUGCAGGCCUGCUCGGAGCGCCGGCCCAUCCGCAACCUCACGUUCCAGGACCUUCACCUGCACCACAGCGGCCACCAGGCCAACUCCAGCCAGGAUCUGGCCCAGCGCCAUGGGCUGGAGUCAGCCUCUGACCACCACGGCAACUUCACCAUCACCAUUCGCAACCUGACCCUGCUGGACGGCGGCCUCUACUGCUGCCUGGUGGUGGAGAUCAGGCACCACCACUCGGAGCAGCGGCUCUACGGAGCCAUGGAGCUGCAGGUGCAGGGAGGCGAAGAAGCACCAUCCAAGUGCCUUGUGUACCCACCCUCCUCCAAGGAGAGUGAAAGCAUCACGGCUGCUGCCCUGGCUACCAGUGCCUGCAUCGUGGGGAUCCUCUGCCUCCCCCUCAUCCUGCUUCUGGUCUACAAGCAAAGGCAGGUGGCCUCCAACCGCCGUGCCCAGGAGCUGGUGCGGAUGGACAGCAACAACACUCAAGGAAUCGAAAACCCUGGCUAUGAGAUCUCUCCACCUUCCCAUGGGAUGCCAGAGACCAAGCCCAGGCAACCCCUGACCUAUGUGGCCCGGAGGCAACCUUCUGAGUCUGGGCGGCAUCUGCUGUCUGAGCCCAACACUCCUCUGUCUCCACCAGGCCCCGGGGAUGUCUUCUUCCCCUCCCUAGACCCUGUCCCUGACUCUCCAAACUCUGAGGCCAUCUAGACCAGCUGGGGGCCGUGGGCAGUUGCGGCUGGGCCAGGGGCAGGUGCAUUUGAGCUAGGGCUGGCCCUCUGAGUGGUCCCUUGGCCUUGGCCCUGGUUUCUUUCCUCCGGCUCUAAGCUCAGACUCUUUGAAAUACCCCUGAUGGCCAGACCCUCAGCCUCUCUGGAUGCUACGUGGCAGAAGGGAGAAGGUGUUGGAUCGCUCAGCCCCUGUCUCAAGGAUGGCGGGGUGCUGGGAUCCCACCCCAGAGACCUGAAAUUCACCAGCUACUGAUGCCAAAGGACCUCCAUCUUAGAAGCCCCAGAACUGCCAGCUGUGUGGCAACCUCUCUCCCUGGGACAUAAGCCUUGGGACCUGAGAGCAGAGAUGUGGGCACCGGGCAGACUUCCCAGUGCCACCCUCCAGGCAUGAGACAGGACAAGAUGUGGAGAGACUCCUCCCCACUGUGGUGGAUCCAGCUCCCCCAUCUCGCCUGAGACUGCUCAUCUGUCAAACCUCUUUGUAAUCAUGAGGCUCUGGGGCUGGGCCUGCAUGACCCUGGGCCGUGGGAGCCUUCCCCAGCUGCCUUCUACCAGCCAAGUCUGAGGAGCCGUCAACAGCUUACACAAAUCUGGGGCACCCACUGCCUGCGCUCUGGUCCCCAGAAUUCAUUGGCCAGAAGCCCCCAAGCGGG